AAAAUACUCGCCUAAAAAAUAAAAAGAGAAGAGAGAAAGCACAACAGCAGUGUUCAGUGUUGACGACAAUUUCAUUCCUCUCCUCUCCGAUCCACAUCAUAACAUGCCAUCAGCUCAGGAUCCAUUCUACGUUGUCAAGUCCGAAAUCCAAGAAUCUAUUGAUAAUUUGCAAUCGAGUUUUGAGCAAUGGAAACGUAGUUCUGAUGCUGUGGAGCGAGGACGGGUUGCGAAGGAGGUUCUUGCUGGAUGUGAGAGCAUAGAGUGGCAGGUGGAUGAAUUGGAAAAAGCCAUUGCUGUUGCUUCUAAGGAACCUUCUUGGUAUGGCAUUGAUGACGUGGAGAUUGAAAAUCGGAGGAGAUGGACAAGCAGUGCCCGUACUCAGGUUGUCACAAUGAAGAAAACAAUGGAUACUGGAAAGAGCUCAAGCACAACAAGCAUUAAUGGGAUGCACCGAGAACUAAUGAGGCUACCGGAUUCCUACCAAACUCAUACAUCCAACCAUAAUGCUGCCAAUGACAAUGAUGAUUUCAUAGAAUCAGAAUCAGAUAGACAGAUGCUCCUUAUAAAGCAACAGGACGAUGAGUUAGAUGAACUUAGUUUAAGCGUGCAAAGAAUUGGAGGUGUUGGACUCACUAUCCAUGAAGAACUCAUGGCACAGGAAAAGAUUAUAGAUGAACUCGGUAACGAGAUGGAUAGUACAUCAAACCGUCUAGAUUUUGUCCAAAAAAAAGUGGCAAUGGUUAUGAAGAAGGCUAGUGCAAAGGGCCAGAUCAUGAUGAUUUUGGGCUUGUUGGCUCUGUUCAUUUUUCUAUUUUUCUUAGUAUUCCUUACCUAGUUAGUGUUACUGUGCAGUCUGUGCUGUUUGUAUAUGGAAACUGGUCUCAUUUUUUAUGUGGAGAAUAGAGGAAAUAGACAUCUAUGAAGUCAAUGGAUCUUUGUAGAAAAUUCUUUAUAUGAUGGACAAAAGAGUGUAAUGUACUUCAUGAUUUAUAAUAGGAUUUUAACUCUAAUUAAUACUACUAA